AUGGACAUGGUGGCGAUCGAUAAUGACUACUUCCUUGUCCGUUUCGGCUCUGCCGAUGAUCUAGAUCACGCGAUAUUCGGGGGGGCCUGUAGGAUACUCGAUCACUAUCUGAUAGUGAAGGAGUGCUCACCGGACUUUGAUCCAAUAAGAGACAAGACCGAGAAGGUCCUGGUAUGGAUAUGCUUUCCUUGCUUACCUAUCGAAUAUUACAGUGCAUCUUUUUUGCAGAAGGUUGGGAAGAAGAUCGGGAGGCCUGUUCAAGUAGAUCAAGCGACAAGCCAGGUUUCCCGGGGCAGAUUCGCACGUAUGUGCGUCGAAAUCGAUCUCACUAAGCCGCUAAUCUCAAAGUUUAAACUCAGGAAACGGACGCGGUUCAUAGCGUAUGAAGGGAUACACCUGGUUUGCUUCGGCUGUGACAUGUAUGGCCAUAGUCACGAAGCCUGCCCAGAAAACAAAAAAACACCGCCAGCUGGAGAGACCAUGCAGAAUGUCGAGGACGUAAAUACGGGAAACCAGCCUGCGGCGGCAGAAGGGUCGCCAGUUUCUAAUGCGAAGGCGGGGGAGGAUAAAGCGUCGUUUGGGGCAUGGAUGCUAGUGACGAAGGAGGAUAGAAGGAAAGGCCGACGAACCACCAAUGGAGGCGGCAACCAUGCGGCCGGUCAAUCGCCGCAAGGCCGAUCGCGUUUCGCGCCCAUUGCAAACAUGGAGGAACAGGUCCACGAUGACCUGAUCGCGGAGCCAGAGUUCGAAACAGAGGAGGAGCAAUUGGAGGGAGGUGCACAUGCAAUGGAAAAACACAAAUCGGGGGAGAAUCAGGGGACCACCAAGGGACGAAAUCAGCGAAGGCCAAACGUGGUAGUUACUGAGAAGCAGGUAGCGAAUCAACCAGUGGCGAAGACGGUCCCGGCCGCGAGGACUGUGGGCGGACAAGACACUCGAGUUCAGUCUAGAGUUAUCUCGCGGAGGGCAGCUGAGGAGGAGGAGCAUGUGGUGGUUAGGGGCUCGCAGGGGGGAGUGGUUGUUUACACAGAACGAAUUAUUUCCGAACCAGCAUGCAACACGAGCCCCAUGCGCCAACUGGAAAACAUGGGGGAACACUUUAGUGAUGAGCCAACCGGCAUGGAAGUUGACGGUGAUGGGGAUAUAGAAGGAGACGGGGACCCGGGGGGAGACGCGGCGGAUUUAGACUCCACUGUCGCGGAAAAUGGAGGUACACCAUGGACUAUGGCAGUCGUCUACGGCAGCCCGGUUCAGCAUCUUCGGAGAAGGCUCUGGUUGGAGCUCCAUGCGCAAAAACGUAGCAUCCUCGGGCCCUGGAUAGCGGCAGGGGAUUUUAAUGCCGUCACCUGCGAAGGGGAAACUCAUAAUUACUCAGCGUUCUCUCCCCAGCGCAGUGUGGACUUUGCGGAUUGGAUUUACAGUGAAGGGCUCGUGGACAUGGGCUUUAGUGGGGCCCGACUCACCUGGAUGCGUGGGUCGGAACCUGUGAAAGGGGCCCGACUUGAUAGGGCACUGUGUAAUGUGGAAUGGCGGCACCGUUUCCCGGAGGCAACGGUCAGACACUUACCACGAGUGGCAUCGGACCACACGCCGAUCUUGCUCCAAUCUAAUGGGAGAGGAGGCCCGAGAGGCCCUGACACGUUCCGAUUCCAGGCGGCUUGGUUGACCAAUGACUCGUUUAAGGAGGUCAUUCAUAAAACCUGGGCUCCUAGCCAUGCUUUGCAACGGAAUAUUGCCAAGGUUCGGGACGAACUCACUGUGUGGAACAGAGAGGUCUUCGGCAGCAUCGAGGGUCGGAAAAAGAAUCUUCUUGCUCGCAUUGGGGGAAUCUAA